AUGUUACAAGAAAAUAUUCAAGAAAAAAAUUUACAAAACAUUGAAUAUAAUGUACAUAAUAUACAAAGUUCAGCUGAAAAAAUUAAAAAAUUAGAAAAAGAAUUAGAAAAUCUUAAAAAACAAAAUGAGCAAUUACAAGAUACACUUCAAAAAAAUCAGCAAUAUUCAAGAAAGUUCUUACCUACCAUUACUAUAGUUACCUCUAAUUCAAUACAAAAUCAUGUACUGAUUAUUAAUAAAAUUUUUAAACCACCAAAUGUUAAUUAUAUAAAUAUUUCUGAAACCCUACAAAUUUCAGAAAAUGAAUUUUUACCUUAUAAGUAUGAUAUUCGCAAUCUGGUAAAUUCAGGUCUUUUAGUUUAUCAAAACCUUGAAAGGAUGAAGAAGAACGAAGAAUUUUUAAAAUUAUUUUUAAA